GCAACAAUACCCAUCCAGUAUCUACCCAUACCAAGACUUGCACCCUGAGUCCUCGUUCACGCAUACAACCAUCAUAGCAGGUGGCUUGCACUACUCUUUGAACUUCAAUACCUCGGCCUUCCUCGAUGGCAGCCACAACUACACGCCAGCCAUCGCUCUUGGUCCAAGUGUCCGCUGCCCUAUCGCGGCCGGCGAGCCCGACAGCUGGAGCCCCUACUAGAAAACCACAUCAUCCUAAACACUGGCACAUUCCACGGCUACUCUUCAUGGUCAAAGAUGUCUCACAUGAAGGAGCUACCAAGUACUUCAAUACCACAAACACCCAAAAGCUCUUACACGACGCCGUAAUCAGUGUUCUAGAGACGCUAUACACUCACGAGACAGCGCCCACGACGCAGCGCUCAAUAACACUGAUCCUCCAGUCAAUGGAUGGCAUAGCAAAUACCACCGGCAACGAACUAGAUAACGACUGCAAGGAGAUCUAUUUUUCACUCGACUACAUUGGUCAACUUUCUGAUGACCGUACGCAAAAUGAGAUCCUAGGAGUGGUAAGGCAUGAGAUGGUGCAUUGCUGGCAAUACGAUGCUUGUGGAACCGCACCGGGUGGGUUGAUCGAGGGGAUAUCCGACUUUGUUAGGAUGAAGGCGAGGCUCGGCCCACCUCACUGGACAAGAAGGGGUGAUAGGUGGGAUGCCGGGUAUGAAACAACAGCUUACUUUCUGGACUACCUGUGUUCAAGAUUUGGGAAUGACACGGUUAAGCGGGUCAACCUUUCGAUGAAGCAUUCUAAAUAUACCCCAGAGCUGUGGAUGACUAUUUCGGGUGGAAUCCCUGUUGAGAAGCUAUGGGAUGACUACAAAACCGCGUUUAACCUUCACCCAACACCGAAGCCAGAACCUGGUGAUGACGAGGAAGCAAAGGAAGAUUAUGUGGUGAUAGCUAAAGAGGAAGCUACCACCUCGCCGCCUAGAAAAACAGAGGCAAAAAACCCCCAAAGCGUCGGGGAACCAUUGCCCGUCCCCCUAACGCCUACAUCAACUCAUGCAUUCAGUAUGUGCUCCCCGGGAUCUCCUGGCCCCGGUGAUGCCCGGCCUUUUGCGGCGGGUACGCCUGCGGCCCAGGCCAUGCUUGAUAGAUCUAGAGAUACGACAUCUGAAGAGAAGCCGGACGCUACCAGGUUGAUAGACAUUACCCCGUGA